GCGAAAUGCAGGCUGACGUGGUCGUCUGGUCGCAUUCCGGAGGGGUUCGUGGAUGAAGACAUCUGAGAAUAACAGGGCAGUUGCCCACCACCGAUCGAGUCUUUCUUCACAACUCUAUGCAUAUAGCGAUCAAGAAUUUGGCCUCAUGUCCAUCCCCACAGUGAGACGAGCCUUUGGCUCAAUUCCGAAACAAAGUACGCUCCAGUCCGUUCGAGGGCUAUUACAAAUCCAGAUUCUCGCCCUUUUACUACGAAUCGCCAUCUCAAUCAUCCUGCUGCCGCUGGAUAACGCCAUCCUUUUUGCCACGUACCUUGUCGGUCAUUUUUCUGUAUUCCUCUCGCAUUCUAACUCAGCUCGUCGCCGGCAGGCCGCGCGACGUGAUGUCCAAUUCUACCCGAAAACCAUCUUCAUCACCGGCAUUGACACCCCUUACGGGCUGGCCGUGGCACGAUGUCUAUACUAUCACGGUCAUCGGGUGGUGGGUGCCGACAUCACAGAUCUCCCGUUCGCAUCGGGCGAAGGCAUGUCGAAAGCGCUAGCGAUUUUCUAUCGCAUCCCGAGGUCAAGCUAUGUGUCCCGCCUGCUCGACAUCAUCCACAGGGAGAAAGCCGAUAUCUGGAUUCCUUGUUCGUCGCGGGCGAGUGUUCUGGAAGAUGCAAUGGCCAAACAGGCAAUUGAAAGUCGAACGGCGUGUAAAUGCAUCCACCUGGACACGGAUCUGGUGAAUCAGUUUAGCGACACAGAAUCCUUCACUCAGUAUCUAGUCGAAAAGGAAUUACCCGUGGUAGAAAACCACCAAGUGCAGUCGCGCGACUCUAUACACAAGAUCUUGCAUCGGUCGCCGAGCAAGGUCUACCAUAUGCGCCGACCAGAUCUUACUGUGAGCGACAACAAAGUCGUCACAUUACCGAAGAGGACCCUAAGCAUGACUUAUACGGAAGUCAGCGAGAUCCAAAUCUCCAAAGACCGGCCAUGGGUCUUGCAGCAACAAGCUCGGCUGGGGGAGUUCUUCGCUGAAUUGCUGCUUGUUGGUGGACAGGUUAAGGCCAUCAAAAUUCGUCCAGCAGACAACCAACUUUGGGGCCACUCCCGUCUAGACGAGGGGCUUGCAUUGGCAAUUCAUCGGCUCAUGGACCGUUUCGCAUGGAAAGGGGGGCAUCGGAUGACCGGCCAUCUAUGCCUACGGUUAAUGGUUGACGAAGAAUUUGAUGCUAACAAUGUACGCUAUGUAACUCAUAUUGCCGGCUGCACUCAAGGCACAAGCGCUGUCAAGCAUCUUCUGGAAGGACCAUCACCUUCGUUGAUUGAUGGAUACUUGGCGGUUCUCUCAUCACAACCCGAUGAUACGUCCGCGGACCUCGACAGAAAACGGAUGCAAGCUAGAGCAAGCAUAUCAUCGAUCCCACGUCGCCAAUUCAGCUUCUACGAGACGCUUAAGCAGUGCGAUGUCCGGAGAGUGCUCCCCUCUCUUUACCCGGUUGCCCAGCAACUCGACCAUUUCGUCAGCCAGGGAAGCGAUCUUUUACUAUUCUGGAAGGAUCCUCGUUUCUCGGUCCUUGAUCCGCUGCCAUGGUGGUGGAAUGCACAUAUCUACCAACCACUGAAAGAAUUGGAAUUGGUAUUGAGCAGGAAAAAUGUCAAAAGGCUGUAGCAGUACCCACUAGGUCACCUCACCUUUCUAAGUUUUUCUUUUAUAUUUUGCCUGGCCGUAUUAUUUACCCUUCCGUGGCUGGGGGUCUUUGGGAUAUGAGCAUAAUCACCACGGAUGGUACUAUAGAGAGCAACAGGUGGCGUCUUCAAAAUUAUAAUCAUUAUUCAAUUCUCAUGUAGGUUCUAAAGCAUGGAAGCCAUGUGUGGUUCUCCGUGUUUCCAAUAAUAGGAACGCGUCUAUUCCGUAUAUUCACAAUCUCUCAGUGCUCGUAUUGGUGAUGAUAGAUAUGUUCUUGGCAUCCCACAUCAUAUUUACAACUACAUGUCGAGCAGUUCUACGGAGUACCUAGUGGAUAUAGAUUGCUGCCU